AUGUUGUCCACGUCCUCAUCGCACUCCAUUCCUGUUUCUCAACCAUCGCGUCCACGGCAAACCACGACACAGACGAAUCCACUGUCCGACCUUAUUCAUACGGAGAAAUCAUACCUCGAGACCCUGAGAAUGAUCGACUCUCAAAUCGCACCGAUAUGGAUGAAACAAACAGUUUCUGCUGCACCUGACUUUUCCGAACUGCUGAAAAACGUUCACGACAUUCUAAAGGUCAACAAACGGUUUUGCACGAAACUAGCCAAGGUCGCGAGCGAUCCGAAAGCGAUGAAAGAACUUGGCGAUGUUUUGAUGCAAUGGAUUGAAGAUAUGGAAGCCCCGUAUGCUAAUUUCGUAAGGACUUCAAUUCCAAACCUGGAUCAACGGUCCGAACUCAUCAAUAACCUUUCCAUUAGCCACUUACUAGAAAAUCUAUCUGCCAAUUUCAAAUGUAAAAUCACGCUCGAAACGUUAUUCGAGGCACCAUUGAAGCGAUUGCAUUAUUACAAAGCGUUGUACCAUAAACUUUUGCAGUGCACCAAGCCAGGACGAGCUGAUCACAAUUUAUUGCUACGUGCCAACGAAAGGAUCGACACAUUAAUUAAUAUGUCUCAAAACAAUAUUGCAAUAAGCAAAUCACCUUCAAUUACAUCACUCCAUGAUUCGCAUCGACAGCAAGUAAGACUAAAGCAGCAACAAAGAGAAGAACUGAAACGCAUGGAAGAACAGAUCCACGAGCCGUUGCCUUCUAUAAAACUCGACCCAAAUAUUCUGGCGUCUUUUAUCGACCAAGUUGAUUGCAGCCAAGUGCGGGAUUUUUUCAGCCGUACCUCGAUACGUUUCAAACUUCAAUGGAAAGCACCGGACGUUCAAUUGAUCAUGCAGGAUAGUUUUGUCAUGGUACCCCAACACAAGAACGACACUUCAACACGAAUUCGGGCCGCAUUGACAACAGCAGAAUUGGCUAUCUGUCGAGAACUAGACUUUGGGCGACAGAAUUACUGUUUGAUGUUCCCGCCAUUUACUGUUCGUCAAUUGUCAGUUAGAGCCGUGUCUUUGGACCGCGAACUCGUGGGCGAAUAUCUUUUGCAGUUUACGAUAAAUGGAACACACCAUAUCAUCAUGCGUGCCGAUUCACGAGAAGUACGCAACGCGUGGGUUGGUGCCAGCUCAACAGCACCGAGUGCAUCGACAUUGAAGCCAAUUCCGCUGGUAACAACGGUCAAACAGCGAGUAUUGCAGCUCCAACAAGAGAUGUCACAAGCGAACGAUCGAGGAUACUCGAUGGCAUCAUCAGCGCUGGUCAAAGACGACUUGGACAGUGAACAAGCGAGCAACAAAAACAGCGCGGAUGUCUAUGCGCUGUACUCUAACGGUUCUGACGAUAAGCGUGCCAACGUCAACGACGACAAAGAACUAGACGAAUUGCCACGUGCACGACGCGAUGCAUUCCGAGAUACGAUUAUGGACUUUUACGAUGGUCGGUUUUUUGAUGACAGCGAUGACGAUGAUCACAAAGAGCCACCAUUAUCCGCUGAAAAGUCGUAUCCUGACGAGCCCACCAUGGAUUCUGAUGGUCAGGAUUUGGCAAACAUACAACCACGUUCAGUCAAGAUUCUUUCAAAAAUACCGGAUCCUUCCGAAAAUGAAAAGUGGCCUGCUGUCGAGGUACCCUCUGUACCUCCGGUACCGCCUAUCCCGAGCAACGCUAGCGAUUCAAAGCAAAAGAAGAGCAACAGCAGCAAUAAUAACAGCAAUAUUGUUAAAGACACUGACAUGGGAUCGGCUCCUGUACAAAUGACAUAUAUCAAGCCAGAAAUGCACAAAAUGUCACUAUCCUCCUCUAUGACGAUCACACAAGGAGAUGAUGACGAUGACGACGAAGACAACAGGCCUCUCGCGCAAACAAAACCAUCGUCUUCAUCGUCCUCUUCAUCCACAGUAAAACAACCUAGCGUGCCUAUUGCUCCACGUUCAUCAUCACAGAGUACAGUCUUAUCCAGAACUCCGUCGCCAAAUCCUCCUUCAGACAAUAUUCUACAGCAUCCUCAACAACAACAGUGUCAGCAUGGAGGAGUAAAUGCAUCCAACAAUGGCCUUCAAUCGGUCAGGUCAGCGCUAGCAGCAUCUGUCGAUUCUUUUGCCGAGUCGACCAAAUCAUCUCCUUCUGAGUACUCAUUAGCACGAGGGUCUUCGUCUACCGCAGCAACAGAGCGAGGGUCACCCUCCUCUAUUGAGCAAGCAAAACCAGUCAUAUCUCCACCCCCACGUAAAGGAAGCAUGCCAGAGAGUGUAGUUAGAAAUGAAGCAAACACCUCUAUUUCAUCCAAUAUUUCCGUAACACAGCCACAGCAGCAAUCUCAACGUAGCACACCAGUACUUCUUCCACGAACAUCAUCUGCAAGACACGUCCCACCACCCAUACGAACAACGUCUAUUCGCCAACAGCAGUAUGCGCAGCCAUUAGCAUCAAACUCGACCACUACUUCACAACAUCCACUCAACAGAGGUGAACCUAACCUUGCUCAGUCGGCUAGCAUGCCAACACCAAGACAACGGCAGAAACCUCCUCAGCUACCACCCGCCCGACUUGAUUCACACAAGGCACCAUCAACAAGUCUUGAAGAUCUUGCAUCUCCACCGCCUAGUCCAGGGGCAUUUGCGAGUGCUACGCGACAAAUUCUGUACAGUCACGGCCGAUGCGAAGUGUUCCACUGGAAAGACCAGCGCUGGUACUCGGCACAAGAAUCAUGUUCUAUUCACGUCCGCACCACGAACGCCAACCGCUCAGCACUAUCGAUUCAGCUACUCCAGAGUCGACAGCUCUACCUAAACGCAUGGAUCGUGCCUACCACAGUGGUAGAGCAGCAAGGCGAAUCGGACGUGAGCGUAUCUUUAUCCAUGGGCGAUAAAAAAGAAAACUAUUUGAUCCAUUUUGAUCGACGAGCAGACGCUGUAGAACUUACGAGCGUCCUUCAACGUGUCCACUUUGAAGCUACACAGCUUCUUGGAGGGCCUGCAGCAGCAGCAGCAGAAAAUGGAAACGGCAGUAUGAUUCGAGCCAAUUCGGAACGAUCUGUCGCUACAUUAAAGACCACGCCCUCGUUGCAUUCCUCACCGUCAAUGUUACAUUCUGUUUCCUUAUUCGACACACCCAUGCCAACAGACGCUCGAUCUUAUCUCGAGGAAAUGCCGCAAACACUAUCGGCAUUGUUGCAGUGUCGAGGCAAGCUGUAUUCACAAGUGGACCCGACGAUUUGGAACAGCAUGGGCAGCGUGACGCUACGACUGGCUCAGCAAAUGCCCAGCAAGAAGAUGCACGUGUGUAUCGAGAACGGCAAACAUAGACUUGUUAGUGCCACGGUGAUGAGCAGCAACGUCAAGCAAGUCAACCCGAAACGUGUAUCUUUUCUCCUCACCAACGAACAGUCUCGAAGUAGCAUGGUGUACAUGGUUCAGUUUAAGGAUGAAAAGACAACGAACAAGGUUCUCGAGUACAUCAAGACCAAGAACGAAGAAAAUGGAUGGUAA